AUGGUGUUCUGGACGUUAGUGAUCGGCGCGAUCGUAAUCGCUUGGCUCUACAAACUAAAUAAGGAUUAUGUGGUGCUGGCAUUAUUUACUAAGCGAGUGAAAACAGUUGACGGCACGCCCUUGGAAAAUUCAGUGGCGCUGCCCAAAGGACGCACAAUAUUUGGCAAUGCCUUCGAUUUGGCUUUAUCCCCUGAUAACAUGUUCGACUUCUCGCGCAAACUUGCUGCCGAAAUGAAGCGCAGUUAUCUACAAUAUGGACUAUUCACAUCUUUUUACAACAUAAUCACCGCUGAGGAUGCCGAACUAGUGAUGAACGAUCAGAGUCUGAUUAACAAGAGUAUUAUUUAUAAUUUCUUGGUACCGUUCUUGAAUAGAGGACUGCUGACGUCAUCAGGCAAAAAGUGGCACUCUCGUAGGAAAAUGCUGACUCCUGCCUUCCACUUUAAUAUACUUGGACAAUUCGAAGAGAUUUUUAAAGAAGAGAGCAAAAAAUUUGUGGAGAGUUUGGAAGCCAGCGAUUUAAGCGCUGUAACUUUAAACGAAAUCAUACCAAAAUUUACACUGAACGCCAUUUGUGAGACCGCAUUGGGUGUCAAAUUGGAUGAGCAAAUGAAUGCAGAUCAAUAUCGCGCCAGCUUCAAAAUGAUCGAAGAAGUAUUCUUGAUGCGUUUCCGUAAUCCGUUUUAUAUACUCGAUUCCGUAUACAAAGUAUUUUUAGCGCCUAAAAUUGCGAAACACAUUUCAAUUGUACAGAAUUUCUCCAGUGAAAUAAUUGACAAGCGACGUCAAGUAUUUGCGGCACAGCCAGAUCAUAGUGAAGACAAGGCGGAUGACAACCAAAGCUUCUAUACGAAAAAACGCUACGCCAUGUUGGACACACUCUUGCGCGCCGAACGCGAUGGCCUCAUUGAUCAUGUGGGCAUAUGUGAAGAAGUGGACACAUUUAUGUUUGAAGGCUACGACACCACAUCGAUGGCGCUUUUAUUUUCACUUAUGAAUCUUUCACUAUACCCAGAAAUGCAAGAACGCUGCUAUCAAGAAAUACUUGAAAAUGUUGAAGAUGAUUUGAGCCAAUUGGAUAUUCAACAGCUGGCCAAACUGAAGUAUCUGGAGUGUUUCAUAAAGGAGACCCAACGUCUAUACCCGUCAGUGCCGGUUAUAGCGCGUGAGGUUGCGAAUGACACCCGCCUUGCCAAUAACCUAAUAUUGCCGAAAGGUUCUCAAAUAACCAUACAUAUAAUAGAUAUACAUCGAAGUGCUAAGUACUAUGAGAAUCCUAAUAAAUUCGAUCCGGAACAUUUCACGGCUGAAGCGUCAGYCGGUCGACAUCCUUUCGCGUACGUGCCAUUCAGCGCAGGACAAAGAAAUUGUAUCGGACAAAAAUUCGCUAUGCUGGAGCUCAAGACGGUUUUAGUUAACAUCAUAAAGAAAUUCAAAAUUUCGCCUCUGCAGAAGGAUCAAGAUAUAAAGCUCGAAGCCGGCAUGAUUAUAAGGACGCCAAAUAUCAUUAAAGUGAAAUUGGAAAAAAGAGUUUGAAGUUAUUUUAUAAAUUUAAAAGAAUUGUUUUCUAACACUUGUGAGUAUUUGACAGCUGUCAACAGAACAGCUCUCUUGCAACCAAUUCAACUCUACGUUCAAGCUUUCUAAUUUACGUGUAAAAAAAUAUUAAAAUAAUACUUUUGUGUUUAAUUUAUUGUGGUUAUUGCCUUAUUUAAGUUUACUCU